GGUAUUUCCAAAAUUGUUUUGCCUUCUGUAUUCAAGCUUUAAGAUUAUCUAUCUCUAUCCUAGUAUAGUUUCUAAGUUUAAUUCUUCUAAAGAAUAGCAGAAAAUGUAAGCAUAGAACUUUUUCUAAGACACUUACUAGUAGCUCAGAUUCUUCUCCCUGAACAUGCAAGAACUCACACGUAUUCUUCUUCUUGGUAAAACUGGCAGUGGAAAAAGUGCAACCGGAAAUUCGAUUUUGGGACGAAAGGGAUUCACCAGUGUUAGCAGCACGACUCAAGUAACCAAGGAGAUAGAAGUUGGUUAUGGGCAGUACAACGAAUGUAUUUACCAAGUUGUUGACACCCCAGGAGUAAUGGAUAGUGGCCCGAGAGAAGAACAAGUUAUGCAUGGGAUUGCCAAGAUUGUGUCCAUGGCCAUUGCCGCUAACCCCAAAGGCUAUGACGCUUUUAUUUUUGUUGUGAAAUAUGGAUCGAGAUUUGGUAGUGAAGACAAGCAAUGUCAUGAAAACCUUAAACACAUUUUUGGGGAUAAUUUCGUGAAGAAAAGUAUACUUGUGGUCACGUGUGGAGACUUGUAUCACAGUGAAGACACAGAGAGUGAAUCUUUCGAAGACUGGUGCUCGGCUCAAGUUGGCGUCUUUCACGAUCUAAUUGUGGAGUGUAGAAAUCGAGUGGUCUUGUUCGACAACAGAACCAAAGAGCCAGACACGAAAACCAGACAGCUUAAAAGACUUUUUCAUCUUAUCGACUCGCUUGACUCCGAUGAUAAAAAAUACUCUAUAAAAUAUUUUGAAAUGGCUGAAAAAAGAAAAGAAAUUCUGUUAGAUUUUAGAUUUUCAAACUAUAGUGAAGAAAUUCUUAUAAAUGCAAGUCUUGUUAUCCAAGAAUAUCGAAAAACACAGCAAACUGGUUCAGAAUUAAAACUGAUAAAUUUCAAAUCCCUUUUGAGUAUGGUAAAUAGGUUACUCAAAUGUCUUGAAGAACAAGACUGUACGAGUGAUACAAGUGCUAUGCUUCAUAUUGCUAGAGACCUUAAAGAGACUCUCCAGAAUCUAAUCUCUUUAAAUUCUGAACUUAAACCUCACUGGAAACGGCUUCCGAAUAUCUAUGAUGAGAAAUCCAAAAUGUCAGAGGAGCAACAAAAUGAUGAAUGGGAAACUUUUGAGAAAAUGCGAAGAUUAAAUGAGAAACGUUUUGAGAGCGAACAGGAAACAGAAAGUCUGCACAAGGAGUUGGAACGUAAAAUUUCAGAACUCGAGUUCCAAUACACAAUGGCCAACAACACUUUUAUGCGGCACGUCACUAGGGAAGUUGGUGCGCAUUUGCUGAAGCCUAUUGAGUCUUCUUUAGAAUUGAAUGCAACAUACAAAGAAAAACAAAAUAAUGCAGAAUUUUUUUUUAUUCAUUUUCCAUGGUAUUAAAAACAUGAACCUGUUUUGUUUUCUCAGUAGAAAACAUUUUAUAAGAUUUAUGUUGUUUCUAAUAAUGAGAAGUCCUUAAUACUUAUUACAAAUAAUGAAAUUGAAUAUCUAGUUGACAUAUUUGUAGCAUAAUUGUGGCGUAGACUUUAUAAUAUGUUAUCUAUCUUUUAAUCUGUCUCUGAAAAUCUAAUAUCUAUGUAUCGGCCUAUGUAUCUCUAUCUAUCUAUCUAUCUAUAUAUCUAUCUAUCAGUAAUGAUACAACUUUGUUAGUAGUCACUGUAACUAUCUAUCUAUCUAUCUAUCUAUCUAUCUAUCUAUCUAUCUAUCUAUCUAUCUAUCUAUCUAUCUAUCUAUCUAUCAGUAAUGAUACAACUUUGUUAGUAGUCACUGUAACUAUUGGUACCUACUGUACAUAGAAACCUGUGUUAUGGCCUCCUUCAGUCGAGAAACAACUAUUGAUUAUCUCAAGAUGAAUGCCUGGAUACAUCGGCUGAGACGAGAGGUGGGGAGCUGAUGUGUGAGGUAUACUUAUGAAACAGUUUUAAAUAAGAGGUCAUGACCUAUUUCUUUCAGUAGCUAGGAAUUCGUCUUCAUUUGGGGGACAGGGGGGUGGUGCUUGACUUCUUCGGGACCGCUGCAUUUUUUAGUAAUAUUUAAUAUUUAAUUUUUAAAAUACACACUAAUUUGGGGGCCCGGGGAAUUUUCAAAUUCUCCACAUCCCUCCCCCACCCUAGCAACGCCUCUGAUGAUUUAUUUUAUCAAUAAAGCAAAGGAGUCUUUUUCUUAAACUUUGAUGCUUGUCCAUUUUGUUACUAGAGUAUUUGGUUGAAAUAGUGAAGCAACGUUUACUGAGGACCAAUUCCAAUGCAAUCUUGAAGCAGUCCAAGAAACAAUGUCCCUAAUUGUGUUGUCCCAACAGAGUUUCAUCCCUUUAGCUAUGUAAGAAUUAUAUUAUAGGUUAGAAGCAAUUUAUGGUAUUACACUAUAAGCACUUUUUUUUUUUUGAAUUGUACCUUCUAUUUUUUUUUGAUGAAAUUAUUUCAAAAAUCUUUUAAAAUGUUUUAUACUUUGAAAAGUUAUAUUCAUGUUUUGAACAAUAUUAAUCUUAAAUAAAAAGUGUGUUCUCUAGAUUUGAAAUUGGAGAAAUAAUUUUUUUUUUUUCCAUUUCAAAUAUUGCAUGUACUUUAAAAAAUUGUUUCUUUUAUGGAAGCGUUCAGUCACAGUCUAAGUACCCAUUUAAGACGAAGCGAUCUAAAGGGAAGGUGAUGUGAAGGUCAUUAGUUUCUAUGGCAGACAGUUAAUGAGAGUGUCAUGUGGCCAGCCCAACGACCAACCACUUUACUUUCCCCAACUUAUGAUUACUAAUCUCAGAUGUCUACUAGAGUUUAUUAGACUCAAGGGCGCCCUUAAAAUACAGAAAUUAAAAAAAAAAAACAGUCUUCAUCAUGAUUUGAACCGGGUACCCAACAUUUCAGAAGUCAAGCGUUUUGCCACUCAGAAACCACGCCCCCAUUUGGACCGUCCUUAGAUUGGGUAUCGAUAAUCUUAUAGCUUAUAUUUCAAAGUAAUUAAAAGAAUAAUUGGAAGGUUUAACAACACUUAACUAGCAGACCAUGUUUUCACAAUAGACAGACAGACAACAAGCUACACCACUUUUAAGAAGAACAUCAAGACUUCUUUGUUUAAAACUUUUUAGAUGAGUUUGUCAUGUUAGCUCAAGUGUUUGUGUUUGCAAUGUUAUUACAGCUCCUUGAGCCUAUAUUUUGUUUGUUAACAGCGCUUUAUAAAUAAAAUUAUUAUUAUUAUAUCAA